UACCAUGCUUUUCCAUUCUGACUCUGUGAAGUAUUGCCAGUUUACUCUGCCUUACAAAGUGUUUUUCCAUUGCUGAUUGUUCUCUUGUUAUGACCAUUGCCUGUUUUCCUGGAUUUACUGCCUUUGGAUACACCCUUUGUUUUGUUUGCCUUGUUGGACUGUCUUUUUGGUUUAUUGGAUUAUACAGCCUGCUUAACAACUACCUCUAUUUGCCUGCCGAUUUGGAUUAUUUGCUUGUGUACUUUAAUAAACUUCCUGCAUAUGGAUCCUAACACUGUCUCCAUGGCAAGUUUGUUACAGAAUACUUCGCUUAAACAUGGAUCCAGCGGAAGUUUCACAGCUCCAGGCUGCAUUCGCACACCAGUGCAAGGUAUUAAGGGGUUACCAAGACCAGCUGAACAACCCAUGAGCUGCUAAUGAAUGUUUGACACAAUACAUUCACCCAUGCUAAAUCAGUAAGCUUUGCUCUACCUGAUAAGUUUGGUUCUGCUGAAAAUGCCAGGGUUUUUUAUGACAAUGCGAGGUAUUUUUCUCAAAUCAGCCUGAAUCAUUUGAUCAAGAUGCCAGGAAAUGUUCUUUUUUGAUGUCACUGCUUACGGCAAAGCUGUUUGGGAUAAAGAUACUCAAAUCCAGGUUUCAUUUGAUUACUUUGUUCAACAAAUCCACGAAGUCUACGAGUAUCUAGUGGGUAUCCUACUUCAUGUACGCCAGGGUCAUCGAUCAGCUGCAGAUUAUGCAGUUCUGUUCAGGACACUUGCGGCUCAGAGUGGGUGGAGUGAUGUUGCUCUGUUUUCCGCGAAGGGCUUAACCUGAAACUCGGGAUGGAACUGAUCUGCAAGGAAGGUAUGAAUCUUUCUGAAUACAUAACUAUGGCCAUCAAAAUUGAUAACCUGUUUCAGAAUGCUUCACGGCCUCAGUUUCGCUUCACCUCGAAUUCUACAGUCUCCGUACAGGCCCAGGCAUCACCUGUAUCACCCGAACCCAUGCAAGUUGCAUACAAUCGUGUUUCCAUGGAGGAACACUAAUGUCGACGCAACAAACCUUUGCUUUUACUGUGGUUCACGAAGUCAUUUCAAUGCUGCACGUCCACAUCAAGUUCCCCUGAGUCAAGGCAGCAUGUGAGUACCAUGAACAUAUCACCUAUCUCACAUAAUUUUCUGUUGCCUGUAGAGAUCUCCAUUGUUGAUCAUGUAAGAUGUGUUACAGCAUUAGUGGAUUCUGGGGAUGCUGUUAAUCUCAUUAAUCAGGACUCAACAUACCCACCAUUGAAUGCUUUAAGAUUAACAUCACCACUGUUGACAACGCACUUAUUGGUACUGGCAUAACACCACAGACUGUUCCUAUAACCAUCAAGAUUGGACUUUCAUGUAGAGAAUAUCUCAGUAUGUCAUCAACUCACCCAAGCACGCUCUUAUCCUGGGUCAUCCCUGGCUGGCUAUUCACGACCCAUCGAUAUCCUGGAACCAAGGUGAGCUCACACAUUGGUCAAGUUUCUGUCAUAAACAUUGUCUCCAUGUUGCUGUUUCCAGGCCUUGCCUUAUCACCAUUAUUGAGAGUCCUGAAUCACAGAAGGAGACCACGAUUCCCAAGGAGUAUGCAGAGUUCAGUGAAGUGUUUAGUAAGAUUAAAGCUGCACAACUUCCUCAUCGUCCAUGGGACUGUGCUAUUGAACUUCUGUCCAAUACAGCUCCACCGAGAAGCAAGGCCUAUGCAUUGUCACGCCCCAAAACCCUCGUCAUGGAGAAUUACAUUGAGGAAGCCCUUGCCUCCGGUUACAUCUGUCCCUCCACCUCCCCAGCUGCUGCAGGUUUCUUUUUCGUAGAGAAGAGGGAUGGAGGUCUACGUCCCUAUAUCGACUAUCGAGGCCUGAACUCUGUCACCAUAAAAUAUCGUUACCCAUUACCACUUAUCCCCUCAGCCCUUGAACAACUCUGUGAAGCCAAGAUCUAUACCAAACUUGAUCUAAGGAGUGCUUUAACCUCAUCAGGAUUUGAGAAGGGGAUGAGUGAAAGACUGCUUUCAUCACCACCAGGGGGCACUGAAUAUUUGGUCAUGCCGUAUGGACUUGCUAAUGCCUCCUCAGUUUUCCAGUCCUUUAUCAACGAAAUAUUCGGAGACUUACUGAAUCACUGUGUGGUGGCCUACAUUGAUGACAUCCUCAUCUACUCACAAAACAUUGAACAACAUAUCCAGCAGGUCAAGACAGUCUUAUCACAUCUCCAGGAACACCAACUAUUUGUCAAGGCAGAAAAGUGAGUUCCAUACCUCUCGUACCACUUUCCUGGGUUACAAUAUCAGCCAUCAAGGUGUGGAGUUGGAUGUCUCAAAGGUAACAGCAGUCACCGAAUGGCCUUGACCUUCUAAAAUCAAGGAACUACAGCUGUUCCUGGGCUUUGCCAACUUCUAUCGCUGUUUCAUUAGGAAUUACAGUACCAUUGCAGCACCACUCAUGUCGUUGCUCAAGGGAAAGCCAAGCAAGUUGCCAUGGAACGAUGCUGCAUACAAAGCCUUCAUCUCCCUCAAGUCAAGCUUCACGACCGCUCCGAUACUGAAAUAUCCUGACCCCAAUCUUCCCUUCGUCGUUGAGGUAGAUGCUUCAGAUUGUGGGAUUGGAGCGGUCCUAUCACAACGUCACGGAACACCAGGCAAGCUUUACCCUUGUGCCUUUUUCUCCAGGAAGUUGAACUCGGCUGAACGUAACUAUGAUGUGGGGAAUAAAGAAUUACUUUCCAUGAAAGCGGCACUCGAGGAAUGGCGUCACUGGUUAGAGGGGGCAGUCCACCCAUUCCAAGUUAUCACCGAUCACAAGAAUCUUGAAUAUAUCAAGGCAGCCAAGAGAUUGAACCCACGUCAAGCACGAUGGUCAUUGUUUUUCACCAGGUUCAAGUUUACAGUCAUUUACCAUCUUGGCAGCAAGAACAGCAAGGCAGAUGCACUAUCACACAGACUCCCCUCCAACCUCACCUUGGGUCCAUCCUGCCACCAUCUGUCAUCAUAGCACCGAUUAGCUGAGACAUCUUGGAGAUACAACGAGCACAACAGCAUGAACCGUCACCACCUAACUGCCCCCCUACCAAGCACUACAUACCCCAAGCUCUAUGUCUGAGUACUAUCCAAUGGGUCCACACUUCCCUGAGCACAGGACACCCUGGUAUCCAAAAAACUGUUACCCUGGUAUGUAAUUCUUUCUGGUGGCCAUCGUUGAUUCAUGAUGUGACUAACUAUGUGAAGUGUUGUCAGGUGUGUGCCCAAUCCAAGACCCCCAGAGAACUGCCCAUGGGGUUGCUUCAACUACUGCCCAUACCACAAAGACCAUGGUCUCACCUGUUCAUUGAUUUCAUCACAGACCUGCCAAACUCCCAUUGAUAUACUACCAUUCUGGUAAUAAUUGAUUGAUUUUUCUAAAUCAUGUAGACUCAAGGAUUUACCCACUGUCAUGGAAACCGCUAAUGCUUUGUUCCACCAAGUGUUCAUAAUCUAUGGAUUACCAGAGUACAUCAUGUCCGAUCGAGGUCCACAGUUCAUGUCCCGUGUUUGGCAGGUGUUCUACAAACAACUGGACAUUAAUGUGAGUCUCGCCUCUGGUUAUCACCCUCAGGCCAAUGGACAGGUGGAACGUCUAAACCAAGAGAUUGGCAGAUAUCUUCGACGCUAUUUUAGCCGUGAACAGGAGAAGUGGAGCGACUUCCUGGGCUGAAUAUGCACAAUUCCCUCACUCAUACCUCAACGGGUUUAACCCCCUUCCAAUGCAUGCUGGGCUACCAACCCCCGAUGUUCCCUUGGUCAGGAGAACCUUCCAUGGUGCCAGUGGUGGACGAUUGGAUUAGGCGAAGCGAGAGGGUGUGGAACAGCGCACAUGUCUGGCUACAGCGAGCAGUCAGACCACAACGCUUCCAGGCUGACCGAAAGAGGUGCCCCAUCACAACUAUCAGCCAGGACAGAGGGUCUGGUUGUCCACAAGGGAUCUCAAGUCGCGACUACCCUGCAGGAAGCUCAGUCCAAGCGUCUGGCUCUGGUACCACGGAUUCUGAGCCUCCACCUCCAUUGGAGGUAGAUGGAGCCCCAGCGUAUAUGGUCAGAGAGAUCAUGGACUCGAGACGACGAGGGAGCCAGAUACAAUACUUUGUGGACUGGGAUGGCUACGGACCAGAGGAGAGAUCAUGGGUAGCUACCAAGGACAUAUUGGACCCGUCCCUGAUCCAAGAAUUUCAUCAUGCCCAUCCUAAUCGUCCAGCACCACGACCAAGGGGACGUCCCAGUAGAAGAACAUCAGGAGUUGUUCGUAGGGGGGGUUCUGUAACAUCUGAGGUUGUUACCCCUCCUGUCAACCAUCAGAGGGAGCCUUCUCCUGAAUUGUUUCCUUGUGUACUUUAAUAAACUUCCUGCACAUGAAUCCUAACACCGUCUCCAUGGCCAGUUCAUUACAAGGAAAUUAUAUUACAUGUAUGUAUUUCUUAAGUAUUUUUAUUUUACAAAUGUAAAAGGUUUUUGUUUUUUAAAUCCAAUAAAUGCAUUUUGGUUUCCAGUUC